AUGAAGUGCCCAUAUGCCGAGUUUCUGUCACAGCCUAAUAUGUGGCAACGCUCAAAAGAGAAGAGUAAAUGGACGCUUACGAAGGAAGUUCGUGAUCAAAGAAGUGUCCAUGUGAACUUGCAUAGCCCGGUAUUCAAUAACGCGGGGCAACCAGAGCGUCAGCGCCUUGUGGAAUUUGCAAAAGCUGCGCUUGGAGAGGAGUUUGGAAAUUGGAGCACAAACAAAAUUGGGCAAAAAUGGGGUGGUUUGCGUCGGCAAAGGAAAACUUACAAGGCGUCGCUGACCCAGCAAAUGCAAUGCCAUCACUUGCAAGCUAUGCUUCUAGAUGAGUGGCGCAUUCUUAAUGUGGGGUGCAACUGGAGAUUGCAGCAACGAGUUGCAAAAGAAAGAAAUGCCCUCUGCAAUCAGCCGGCACAGUGUGGCGAAUACGGCAAUUAUUCCAAAAAGAAGAGACAAUAUCAGUGGCAUCCCAAGCAGUAUUUUCCGAAUUACGCUCAAAGCGAAAUUGCCAUAGAAAAACGCGCAGACCUUCAGUACAAAGGUUUAUCAUUUCCACAGAUGGCGAUCGAAAUCGGGAAACUGUGGAGAGAGUUGCCCGAAAACGAAAAGAAAAUCGCCCAAGCACGCGCCAUCCGCGCUCGGGAAGAUUAUAAAGUUGCUCUUGCUGAGUACGAAAAGUCGGAAAAUUACAACAGACAUGCUAGAUAUCUAGAUGAAUGGAAAGCGAAAACGUGUGCCAGGAAGAAAGGUAGCUAA